CCAAGUGUAAAUUCAGAAUUUGUACGGAAUAUACAAAAAAAAUUCACCAUGUCGGCGCAAAAGGUGGCAGUUUUCUUGGCGAUAGCAUUCAUUGCUGUGAUAACUACCGAAGUGAACUCCUCGGCUUACUACAAAGCCGCGAAUAACAGCGGCAACCUAUCUCAUCACCUGUCCGUUGGAACCCGACUACCUGGUGACAGGCUUGUGCUAAGGCAAAACGUCAUUAAGACGUCUUCCUGGAUGCAAGUGGUCAUUGAAGAGAAAACCUUCAACACUACAAGAUACGAGCGGAUCACAUUAGUUAAAGCUCUCGAUCAGAAGACCAACGGCAACGGUGCAUACGCCAGUUUGACCGCGGGUGGUCCAGGAAACACCAACGUUUCGAUCAGGUUCAAGAGCCAGAGGGGUCAUGGAAUCAACUUUGUUGUUGAGCUAUACGCACGAUAGUAAAACCACCUAACUGACGCGGAUCCUGCCAUCGUAUCAAUUUACUAUUUUCAGUUUGUCAAAGGAAUUUACACAUGAUGUUCAAUUGUGGUUAUUGGUUAGUCGGAAUGAUCACACUUUGGUCAAUUCAUUUUCAUAAUGUUUAAUUUAUGACUCGCAUGUGUGAAACGAAAUAAAAGUUUGAUAAU